AACUGAAAGCGCGUUCUUGUGACCGUCAUAUGCACCGGCCAGUACGGAGAGCUGGGCGAGGCUCGCUCUUACCGCAGACUUUUCUCCGUAUUUAAAUAUCCGCAAGACUAAAUUUCUUUGUAAAGUCGCCAUAAAGUCAGGUGACGAGAUUAACCUCCUUGUCCACCUCCUUUCUCAGUGGUAGCCUUUUCAUUCAAGUGCUGAAGGCAGCCGGUGAAGGCCGAACACGUUACCGGUAGCGAAACAUCUAGUCGCUGUCAAAAAGAAGUUUUUGGAUAAAAAACGAAAAACCGGAUAAGUGUGGAGGAUGUGGAGACCAUCAUGGAAGCUUCUCUUGGCUUUAGUAGCUCUGGCAGUCGUUGAUAUUGUUUUGGCAUCAACGGAUGACGAAAACCGUGCCGAAUGCACAAGCACACAGUUCCAGUGUAACAACAAACAUUGCAUCUCCUUGGCCUGGCGAUGCGAUGGUGACGAUGACUGCCAUGACGGUUCGGAUGAAAGGAAUUGUCCAUCAGUAACGUGUGCAGACAGUGAUUUCAAGUGUGUGAAUGACAGUAAAUGCAUACCUCUGCGAUGGAAGUGUGACGGUGCAGCAGACUGCGAUGACCAGUCAGAUGAAGACACCCACCUCUGUAGUCAAGUGACAUGUGGUCAAGACCAGUUUAUGUGCAGCGAUGGCAACUGUGUUAUCAAUACUUGGGUUUGUGAUGGGGAAAAAGAUUGUGAAGAUGGACUUGACGAGAAACAAUGUAACUCGACCUGCCAUCCUAAUACAGAAUUCACCUGUGCUGAUGGCCAAUGCAUUGAUAUAAGGUGGAAAUGUGAUACUCAUCAUGACUGUAGUGAUAAGUCAGAUGAAGAAAACUGUCCAAAUAAUACUUGUGGAGAGUUUCAGUUCAUGUGUAAUAACUCACAUUGCAUCCAAAGCACAUGGAAAUGUGAUGGGGAUGAAGAUUGUCAAGAUGGAAGUGAUGAGGAUAACUGCUUUUCUACAGGGGGAACAUGUCGAAAAUCAGAAUUUCAGUGUAAAACACUGGAUCUUGCAUGCAUCCAUAACUCGUGGGUUUGUGAUGGAGACUUUGAUUGUGAGGAUCAGUCAGAUGAAAAGCAUUGCAACAUCACAUGUAGUUCUCAGGAUUUUCUUUGUGAAGAAAAUUAUUGCAUUCACAAUUCACUUGUGUGUGAUGGCCAGAAUGAUUGCUUAAAUGGAUCUGACGAGCGUAAUUGUCAAGAAACGAAGAAAUGUGCAAACAAUACCUUUGAUUGCCAUAAUAAUGGCGAGAAAUGCAUUGACUACAGUAAAGUGUGUGAUGGAAGAGAUGAUUGUGGCAACUACGAGGAUGAACGCAACACCAAAGAUAAGAGCCCCUGUCGAGAUACUGGUUUGGAAACAAACCCAUGUGCAGAGGACAACGGUGGCUGUAGUCAGAUAUGUCAUCGCUCUCCUUCAGGCCAUAUUUGUGAUUGUCAUCGCGGUUUUCAUUUGAUGGCCAAUUCUACAACAAAGUGUGUAGACAUCAAUGAAUGCGAGCAGCCAGGUGUGUGUUCUCAGAUUUGUGACAACACCCAUGGCUCUUACAAGUGCAGCUGUUUGGCGGGCUACACACUCACUGGCCAUCAUGUCUGCAAAGCAAAUGAAGGAGAGCCAGAACUCUUGCUGACAGACAGGAAGGAACUGCGGCGGUACCAUUUGGAAUCAAACCGCUAUUCUCUGCUGCUAGGUGAUGGCAAUAGUAAUGUCUCAGGAGCUACUGCCAUUGACUACCAUUUCAGUGCAAAUCUCAUUUUUUGGACUGAUGUAUCCCAAGAGCACAUUAUGAGAGUAAACAUGGAGACGAACCAGAUUGAUGUUGUUGCAUCAGAAAAUGUAAAGGUUCCUGAUGGUCUUGCUGUGGACUGGGUGCAUGGGCACCUGUACUGGACAGAUACAGGCCUUGAUCAUAUUGAAGUGGCAACCUUGGAUGGCAAAAUGAGAAAAAUCCUGAUAAAUGAGGGAUUGGAUGAACCCCGUGCCAUCGUUCUUGAUCCUGAAAAUGGUUUCAUGUAUUGGACUGACUGGGGAAUGAAGGCAAAGAUUGAGAAAUGUGGCAUGAAUGGCAAGAAUCGCAAAGUCCUCAUUGAGAAUGACAUCACAUGGCCCAAUGGACUGACAAUAGAUUAUGUUUCUAGUCGUCUUUACUGGAUCGAUGCUAAAAUACACAUGAUUGUUAGUACGGAUUUGGAUGGAAAGAACAGACAAGUGAUUCUGCGAGGGCACCAGCAUCUUGGCCAUCCAUUUGCAAUUACAGUUUUUGAGGACUAUCUGUACUGGAGUGACUGGCCAUCAGAGUCCGUGCGUCGGUAUAACAAGUUUGGCAGAAGGGAAAAUGUGACCACCAUUGCUCAAGGCCUUGAAUAUCCCAUGGACAUUCAUGUCUACCACAAAUAUCGCCAGCAUAAUUAUACAAAUCGCUGUGGCAACAACAAUGGUGGCUGUGAGCAGUUUUGUCUACCAGAUACAGAAUCAAAAAGUUACACUUGUGAAUGCAUGAAUGGCUAUUACAUCAGCCCAGAUAACAAAAAGAAGUGCUUAUUAGGCAAUGAGACAAGUCCAGCACUGACCACAGAAAGCAGCACAACUAACACCAGUAGAUCGCCUAACCAGAGUAAUCAUUCUAACAGAACUGAGGGUACAGUGGUCACAACAAUCAAACCAGUAACCAAGAAACCCCAGAUAUCCAGCUCCACCUUAACUCCAAAUCAGCCUCCAAACAAGCAAGUCACAGAAGAGAGUGGUAUGAAUACAGUCACUACAUCAGCUACAUCAACUGCAUCAACAACGCUGCCUAAAGCACCUGCUGGCGAGCAGCAAAACGCCACAGAAGAUGUGCCAGUGCCACAACAAGAGGGGACUGGCCAAGUUGCCAUUAUCGUCAUUGCUGUUGUGGUUUUAGUGGCUGUCGUGUUCAUUGGUGUGGGCAUUUUUGUGUACCGACGCCACCGCAAGAGGAAUAUCAAGAGCAUGAACUUUGAUAAUCCUGUAUAUCGCAAGACAACCACAGAUGACCAACUGAUAAUGGAAAAAGCAGGAUCUCGGCAAAGCCUUCCUGCAAGUAUGCAGCCCUUAAACCCUAAUGAAGAAAUGGCCUGAUGGGAUGUGGAAAAAGGUUGACUCAAUUUUUCUCCACAAGAGCUUGUGUGUAUGAAGGGCAUAUGCUGGAAUCUACCAAGGAUGCUUCAUCACACAAUAAGAGCAAAGAGAUCAUCAGCUCCCUGGCAGUACUAAUUUUAUGGCUUGACCACACUGGAAUAGCUUUAAGCCUACUGUGCUUGAAGGGUUGUUUGGGAGGGGGGGUGGUGCAUAGGAUUUCAGAUGCUGGACAAGAAAUGGUAGUCUUCUUAGAACAACACUGUUUUGCAGCAGCUUAGUGCCACUUAUUGAUGAGCUUUCAGAAAUUUGCAGUCACCAAAUUUAAGUUUGUCUGCAACUUGUGACAUUUUCAAAGAAUCUCAUUUUAUCAGAGAAGGGUUGGGGUGUGUAAUUGGUGUUGAACAUUUCAUAAAAGAAUGUCUUUCAAGCCUAUCCUUAUGAUUUAAUUUACAAAUUGGCUUCUUUCCAUUUUGAAAGGUCAGAGUGAUGUAUUACAUCCAGUAUCAUUUGUUUUGGCUAAUAAGUUUUUGCAGAGUAUGAGAUAAUAUUGCAAAGAUGUGGCAGAUAAGAUACUGAAUGCCAUUGUACUCAGCUGUGGUAAGGCAAUGGUUUCACAGACAACUGAGCAAAGGAAAGUUUCAGUGUGACUCGUGACUAAUAUGCUGAAGCUGAUAGGGAGGGUAGAAAUAUCAGAAAACUAUCAACUCUUGUAAUGGUGCUCCUAAGACCUUGAAGAGGAAAAACAAUACCUCGGUGUGCGAACAUACGGGAAGAGUUGCUGAUCAUGGCAUCACUUGAGAGUACAAGGCAGGGAAAAUGACGUCUUGCCCUAUCGCCAGAAGACUGAUCCUCCCUGGGUUGCAUUGCACACUCCCAACAAUGCCUGUGUUAUUUCUGCUCAAUUUGAAUUCCAGAGUGGCUGCUCGAGAACGAUUGGUGUGCAGGUGGGGGCAGUGAAUGUCAUACAAGCUUAGCAAAAACUGCCAGGCGUCAGUCUGUUAAAGCGUGUGAAAGUUUGGUAUACUCUGCAGAACAGUGCUGCCAUGGUUUGGAGUGAAUGAAACCUUAAAACUACAAUUUGGGAAUGAAUGGUUGCACUUGCAUAGACAUUGAUGUAAAUUUCUUGCCAUCAUGGGCCAAAUUGCAUGAGCUGUUGCAGCACCUGGACUGUUUUUCUUUUUUAAACUACUCGAUUAUCUCAGGUGAAGUGGCAUACCUCCAGUUUGUGCAAGUGUAUACCUCAACUUACCAUACAUAAGCAAUGGAUGGUAGGUUUUUGCAGUGGCCAUUGAAUAAGGGAACUAGUGCUAGAACUGUCCUUUCUGCUUGGCAGCUGCACCAAAAGGAGAGUUCCAUAGAGCCUUCCCAAUUCCAUGAGACACGGAUGCAUGGUAUCCUACUAUUAUUAUUAGUAUUAAACUGGUGGCCAACACCUAAAUGGUACAAAAUGGAAUGGUGCCCAGGUGUAGCAAAGGCUAGUGAGCUGCAAAUAUAAUGCCAUGGACUGGUCAGCUGCAAAUGAGGCUUAACCAUUGGCCUGUGAUAGCUACUACGCUUGUGCAAUGCAGUUGUCACAUGGAUGGCUAUUUAAAAGGGAGUUCUGUACUUGUCAUUGAGCUUGAAGGGUGAGAGAAGCAGCAGAGAUUUAUUUAUUUUGAAGAGUGUGAUGCAGCUUGUAAAUUUGAGUCACUUUCUGUUGAAUGUGAGGGAAGUAUGUUGUGUAUAGUAAAGAUUUAAUCAAUUCCAGUCUGUGCUUGUGUGUGAGUUUGGUGGUGUGUGCAUUCACAUGCAUAUAUGCAUGGGUGCAGUUCAGCAAAAUGAUUGUAUAUAUUUUUGAACCAUUCACUUGUUCAUAGCCUUCCCGUGGAUUUUUUUGUUUGUUUGUUUGUUUUUUUUUGUUUGUUUUUUUUUUUGCUGGUUGUAUUGAUGCAGCUGCCAUGUCAUGCUUUGUGUGCAGAUUUCCAUUGCAGAAUGUGGAAUUUAGCUAGUUAAUGUUACAUUUGGCAGUUCUGUGUGGUCUGUGUUGUUAUAUUUAUUAAGAAUUUUCUUUAGCUUGUAAUACUGUUGAAUCUCUACCCUAUUUUUUAGUGAAUGCAGAGUAUGGAAUGUCUGCUUAGAAGUGAAUCUCUAAGUUGUGUGAAUCUUCAUUGUUGCAGCAAAAGGAUUUUCCUUCUUAAAAACUUUUGUUUCUUAAGUAUUUGGUAACCACCGAUGCAAAUGCUACUGGCAAAUAUGUAGCUUUUGAUCAUAUUGGAGAUUAUUUUUGUAUUGUAUUUUUUUUUGGGGGGGGGUGUCUAGUUUUCAUAUAUGCUUUUAGCAACAGAUAGGUCUUGAAUCUCUUGUUAAUCGGAUUAGUGAGUGUAUGAGAGCAUGGAGAUAAGAAUGAAGCAGAUAUGUUCAUUAAAGUACCCUCAUCCCCUGUUGCAUGCAAGGUAUGCAUGUCCAGUCAUCUUCAUCAAAUACCCUACAUGUUGACCUCCAUGUACACUUGUUCACGUUGAAUUUCAUUAUUCAUUCAUUUUAUUUCAAAUUGAAAACUUAAUUUCAGGUGCAGAGAGAGUUAAAGUGCUAUAAUUUAUAGUGUAGAUGCUUGGUACAUGUCCACAAAUGCUAGGGUUUUGGGAAGAUGAAGAUCCUGCAGAGUAUUUACAUAACUGUUUUCAUUGUGGUUUUGACUGAUUUAGUCUUCUUCAUUGUGUUCAUUUUUUUCAACUGCCUUUGAGCUUCAGUUCCUUAAUAAGUGUGAUCUGAGAGAUGUUUUACUUCAAGAUAUUGUGAUAUGGUAUGUUGUCUGGUUUUUUUUUUUCUUGUUGGCAAUUGGUGUAAAUGUUCUGAUAUUUGAAAUGUUGAUGUGGUGAAUUGUUGUAGCUGAGAGCGAAAAUCCCAGCUUUCUGAAGUUUUAUUUUAAUGAUACAGGCAUGGAAGCAAGUAUGUAAUGUACAGAAGAGUUUAAAGAGUAUCUGGAAAUAAUACUGUGCUGAUUUGUAUAGCGAGAUGUGCAGUCAUCAUUAUAAUCACUUGUUGGGUGGAGUAACAUCACUAUGCAUCCGACUUGCUGUAGAGUUGCAAAGAAAGACUAAAUUUCAGGGUGUGCAUGUAAGGGUGAGAUGCUGGUAUAUGUCUCUAUCAUUAAAUAUGAAUACAAUUUUGUUUAAACUGUACAUAUAACCAGGCAAUCGCUAAUAAAAUUUGAGUACUGGAAUUUC